AUGGCACUGUGUCAUCCUGUGAUGUACCCGUCUACAUUUAAGAGGUCAAACCUGUACAGCAGCCCUAUAUUGCAUUUGAUCUGGGGCAGAAACAAAUCCAGAUACGCCCUUAGCCGUCUAGCCCACCUUGAGCCCUUGGUACAAUAUGAGCACUGAUUUAUUUGCUUUUAAAGAAACAAAAACUAAUUAAUUUAAUUAGCCUCUCUCUCUUUCAGGACUCUGGCACCUUAAAUGGUUUUCACCAGAACCUCCACCGCCUGUGACUCAGCCUACCAUCCCAGAUUGCCUCACCCACUUUUCAUCCUAAUAACAGCAGACUAUCGCCAAGUAAUGUCAUCAGGACAGUGAACUCCCUUAGUGCAGCUGGAAACGGGAAUGCCAUCAUCUGUAGUUGCUGUUUCGCCAGCUGCUUUGGCAGCCAGGGACAUCAACAGAAGCCUCUCUGCUGUCAUCUAGUGCUUUGCUGUGCAACUGCAAGUCAUCCUGGUAGCUUGAACAGUAUUUCUUACAAGGUCGUUAACAACAAGUGAGAGCAAAACAGUAGCUGCAAUUUAUUUGUUUUUGAAUCGACCAUCCACUGCCCUGAG